UUCUGUCCGGCCCAGCACAAACCAUGGACGGGCUGGGAGCAGCCGGGCACGUGUGUGCUGCGCUGAGUGAUGAGGAGCUGGAAGGAGGCAGUGAGAUCCAUGGGGCAGACGGGGCAGCAGGGCCCAGCGCUGUGCUGUGCUGCUCCGAGGGCUCCAGGAGCCGGGUGAUGAAGCGGAAGGUGCUGAGGCACAGACCCGACGGGGGGGUCGAGGUGUGCGACGAGUCGCUGAGCAGCGUGUUGCAGACCAUGGCCACGUGGAGGCUGACGCAGCAGGUGCUGGGCGCGGCUGACCCGUGUGACGGCGACACGGGGCUCGGCGGCUUCUACCGGCCGGACCCUCCGCCCCGACUCCAACGCGCCACGCGGGACUCGCCCCCGCUCCUGCUGCGGGUGCUGCAGAACCGCAGCCCUUUGUCGUCGCCCAGCGCAGCCCCGGCCCCGCAGCCCAAGUCGUUCAUCCCGCCCCGGCUGGACGCGCUGCUCCAGAGCCGCCACAAAACGGACCGUGUGGCCAAAUACCUGCAGUACAAACGGGACUGGGAGCGGUUCCCGGUGCCGGGCCAGGCCCCGCGCCACGAGCUGCGCUGCUGCGUGCGGUGCCGGCUGGGCCCCGAGCUGCACAACCCGCCCGGGAGAGCAGCGCGGUACCGGCCCAACGGGUACACGGCGCCCAGCGACAAGAAGCGCGCGGCGCUCACGUGGGGCGUCAGGUGCGACCUGGCCAGCGGCAUCGUGCCCCGGAAGAGCACGUCCCUGCUGUGACACCGGAACCGGUAACGGGCCGGAGCUCCGCAUUGAGACAGAGGGGUGAGGGGCGGAACCACUUAAUAGAGCGUGCACCAAGAGCCGUGUUAAUAAAGCCGAACCGAACCGC